AUGCAGCCGGAUAUUCUUUUGAAAUUCCGACUUCCCAUUUUCAGUCACCUGGUCAUUUGUGUGUCUGGACUUUCUCUCGAGGAACGCAAAGAGGUGUCCAAAAUUGUCUCUGUCAACGGCGGCCGUUACUCGGGAGAAAUGAAGGUUGGAGAGACCACCCACCUCCUUGUAAAAAGUGCUGGUGGUGUCAAGUACAAUUUUGCUAAAAAGUGGAAAAUUCGCAUUGUUUCCGUGCGUUGGCUAACAGAUUCCGUCAGCAAAGGAUAUGCCCUGGAUGAAGCCGAUUAUCCUAUCACUGAAACUUUCGGGGGUAGAACGAAGGGUGGUGCCUCAACCCCAUCUUCUUCCAUCUAUCCGAAUGAUCCCAGCGUAUUAGCCGACAUUUCCGCCAUCACUGAUACAAGCUGUUUAAAAGUUAAUGAUACAUGUCUGGGCUGUUUUAAGGAUCUAACAAAUCACAACGUGCCAGACAAGGAGAGUCCCCAAAAAACCCAAUUCCUUCGUGACUGUGUCAUUCUUCUCUAUGGUUGUAACUCUUCUGAACUGACCAGUCUAUCUAAAAUUGUAUCCACAAGUGGAGCAAUUUUGUGUUCCAAGGUUUCGGACAAAGUCACAGAAUCCCUAACACAUGUUGUGUUGGGUGCCGACUCAAAAAAUAUACCGCCAUCUAAUGUUGAGCCGGGAGUAUUUUAUGUUACAAGUGAUUGGCUUAUCAGCUGCAAUAAAUCUGGCUCUCGUCUUCCAGAAAAUAGCUACCAGGCCCCGUUCUUGUCUGCAUCUGAAAAAAAUGAUAUCAGCGAUAGGAAAGAGGGUCAGGUUACUGAAAAUCCUGUGGACGCGGAUGAGUUACAACUUAUUAACCAGUACUUUGGUGAUGGAGGUAUGGCUGAGGUUGACGAUUUCUUGUCACUGAAUACUAAAACCGAAGCCAAAAAGACCUCCCUUAGCGUCUCUAAACCAGUUCCAGAUGGGGAACCUACGUUAACCAUGCAAGCUACUUCCGCUUCUCAAACCGCAAAGAACACUCUGGCCGAUUGUGAGAUCCCGACAAACCUGGUUUCCGGACUAUUUGCAGGGUUUUCUUUUCGAGUAAAUUCAGAAUUCUCCAAGUACCAAAGCCCUGAAUUGCUCGAAUCGAUUACCAUGGAAGGAGGCCUGGUGAAAGACGAUCCAGCAGUACCUGCAGACUACACCAUCUGUCCUUAUGUCGUCCGCACUGUAAUCAAGGAUUCAAAUCCCGUAACAGAAUACUGGUUAAGGAGUUGCUUAAAUUCUAAA